GCAAUAAAACCCAAAAGAGCCCAAAGAGCGCGUUGCCUAAUUGGGUGAAGGGUUGAGGAAAAUCUGUCUGAUUAGCCUUCUCCAACAGAAGGGGAUUAAGCUUUUAGUCUGUAAUUAUUAUAAAGCAUACGUCAGCAGAUAUCCACCCCUUUCAGACAGACAGUGGAGCGGAGGGAUGUCCUGCUAGGUGACUGCGAGUCUCUGCGAGAGGCCCGGCGAGACGUGGAGACCCAGGAAUAGGAGCAGGGACUGGAGCAGGAACAGGAAUAUCCUCCUGAGUCAGUGCCACGACGCUGACACACCACACUCCUCCGGCAGGGCUGCCUCUGCUCCGAUAAUAAGCAUCCUAUGCUAUUCUGCUCAAGAUGGCGGUGCAGGCAGCGGAAAAGGACGGAAUAAAUGUGGAAGAUGACAACCUGAACGACUCGCUGGGGAACCCCGGCCUCAUCUCACCUGACAAGGAGGAUUUAUCACGUCUCCUGACGGUGCCAUUCAGCGGACGCAUCCGGGGCGGCAUGCGGCCGGGGAAGAAGAUCAUAGUGAUGGGCAUUGUCGACCUGGAGCCAGACAGCUUUGACGUGAGCCUGACCUGCGGCCGUGACUCGGAGAAAGAGGAGCCGCCGUACGACGUGGCCCUGAAACUCACCGCACGCUUCAGCAACCGCCAGUUUCUGCGCAGUGCCCGUGUUUCUGGAAAAUGGACGGAGGAGGAGGCAUCCACCGCCUACUUCCCCUUCAUCCCUGACCAGCCUUUUAGGAUUGAGAUCCACUGCGAGCACCAGAGGUUCCGGAUAUUCGUGGACGGACACCAGCUCUUUGACUUUUAUCACAAAGUAAAAUCUUUGCCCUCUAUCGACACAGUACGGAUACAAGGAGAUCUACAGAUCACCAAGCUCGGCUAACUUCCCCCACUCUUCCCGCGCUGCGAGUCAUGUGUGAAGCAAGGACUUGAUCACAGAUGACCUCACACACAUGCACCUGUCAUGUCAUCAUCAUCCAUAACCCAUCAUGCAACACUGCAGCAACAUAGCAACUGGAAAAAGGCUCCGGCAGUGACAAGUUAGAGAUCUUCUGCUUAAUUCCAUUCACUUCUUUCCAUUUAAAGAGGAUGUGAUGUGAUGAUGCUUCGUGGGUGAAUGUGUUUGCUCCAUUUUCAGGUAUUUUUCCUUGUAGCCCCAGUUUUGUCAGAUCAGGGAUCUCACAGCUUAUUAAUAGUGCAUUCAUUUUUUUAAAAAUGUUGAAUCCUUUAGGGAUCCUGAGAUAGAGGCAGAUGUGGAAUACUUUUCAAGGAUGGAAAAAUAGCUCAGAUGUUAUAGAAACCAGUUACUCAGGAAAAAUGUAUCUUGAACUUAGCAGCUAAGACGCCAGCUAACCCUUGCUUAUGGGGGAAAAUCUCCAAAUCUGAUGACUGAGUAAAUGUUUUAACUUAAAUUGAAGGAAAUUCUCCAACUUGUGGGCUUAAAAAUCAUCUAAAAAUCUUGUGGAUAAACUGGAAAAUGCAUGUUGGUCAAGCAGAAAAUAGAAACCGAUUGAUUUGCACCCAAUAAUGGUGACUAAUAUGCUGUAAAACUCUGCAGUAUUAAACCUGGGCAGUGUUUAGAUAUUCAGUCUGAGCCUUGACUAAUUCCCACAAGGCCAAAAACAUGAUUUUUAUAGCAGAUAAAACUGGUUUAAAGCAAAAUGCUGCAGGUUGUGUGACACUUAGAUUUAAUUUCACUCAACCCAGCUGGAUGUGUGUUAAUUAUUGCAGUUAUCUACUAAAACUCAAUCUACUGAGCACAGUAGAGCGCAGUAUUAAACCCUUUCCUUGCGCUGAUGUAUCUCCCAACUCCGUAGGCGCUCCCCUGCCCUCCCUUGGGUUUAUUCCAGUUGUCAUGGUAACACGCUGCAGUCUCACCGACCUAAAUACCCAAAAAAUGAGGAUUAUAUCAUGACUAGAUGUAGCAGAAAGCGUCCCAUACUGUACACUGCGUGUGUUGGUAGUUUGCACUCAUAUGCAGCCUAUAGAUAAAAUGAUGCUGUUUGGUGAACAGGGAGGAGAGUUACAACUGUUUACUCUGCUGGGCGAGGAGAGCAGGAUAAAUGGCUUUGAAAUGAGUUAGAAAACUGAACUCUGCUCUUUGCUGUUAAACUCACAGAACACUUUUUUUUUUUUCAUGCAAACCUCAUCUGAGCUGUACGCUAAUGCAAUAUGCAACUUAUUCUCACAAUAGUAACACUGACUUCAGUACAUAUUUAGGAGAAACUGUGCUGUCAAAGUGUUGCAGGUGUUAGCCAAGCGCGAACUAAAAUCCAAAACCUUCAGUGACAUUCGACAGUCAGCUGGUUGUUUGGAGGCAGAAUCAGAUCCUGAUAGUAUGUUGAAUGUAUAGUAUUCACAUUUCUAUAGUAGCAUAGAUAUAGUGAUGCACAAAAUUAUUACUUAAUGUCACAGUUUUUCGGUGGUAUGGCUGGUGCUGUUAAUAGUCCAUUUUCAGUCUGACAGUCUUGACAUGUCUUGUAUGUCUUACAGCUUUUUUAAAAAAAGUGUUUCCUGAAUCAUUCCACAUCAGCGUCUCGUCCACACUGAAGCAGAUAGAUGUUAUAAAGCUGUUACAUCCCUGUUUAAUGCAGCCAGCAGGUUUUUACAACUCUUCCUAACUCUGUUACGUCUGUCGUGCAUCACAUGGUUUUGUCUCUGUAACCAUUCCACUCUACACAGGACGUCUUUUCCUUCAUUGAGGCAGAAAGGAAGUUACAAUAAAUACACAAUAAUAGCAGAGACUACCUGCAAAGCAAAACUCAUAUGUAUAAAAACUAUUAUGUCUUAAGGUGCUCUGUUUACACCUCUUACAGCAUCAAUGUUCACUAUGCUCUGUAAAUUUUAACAUGUUGAACUAGAUCCGAAUUUCACUGCGUGGAUUCCUGAAUACCACUUUCUCAUUAAGACUUGAUGAGGUGUAACUUCUGGCUUAAUUAAUGGGUUGUAAACCAUUUACUUAUGCUUUAUAGAUCAAAUUAAGAAAGACUUAAGGUUUGCCAGGUUGCAAAAAAUCCCUUUUUGUAUUUGGUAAUAAUGUAGUUAUUAAUGCUGAUGAACUAUCUAAUUAACCAUUGAUUUUACAGUUGCAGCUGUUAAUAAACCUUAAAUAAAGAGUUCUAACUCUCUCACUUUAUAAUAAUGCAUCAAAGAUGAAAUUGUAAAUGUUUGUAAAUUGUUCAUAAAUGGUCUAGACACUCUGCAGCUGUUUGUCAGAGAAAAAAAAGACAAAGCUAAAAAAGGGAUUUUUAAUAACCUGGCAACCAGAAAGUGGUUCCUAUAUAAUGGCUUAUAACUGCAUGAUCUAUAAAACAUCAGUGAAUUAUUUAUUAACCAUUAAUAAAGGAAUUAUGAAUAAUGUAUAAACUCUUGAUAAAGAUGACUUAUUAGAAAGUGGUUCAGACCGGUUAACAGAAAAACUUGAACCAGGUUGGAGAAGCGGUGAUGAUCUCUGGAGACAGCUGUUACAAUUCAUAUCAAACAGGAAAGUGAAAUCAUUCAUACUCUUAAUGCUGUGUCAUGGUUAGAGUCUAAUUGCGAGCAGCUUGACACAGUAAAGAGGCAAAGAGUGGUUGUAGCUGCAAGGAACUACAGUUAAGAUUUUGAUAUUUUUACAUUUGUGUAUUCAGUGUUGAUUUUAAGCUAAUGAAGGUUUUCCCAUCACCUUUUGCUAAUGUGAAUUUGGAGUAAGCCAUGACAUCUGUGCUGAACAGUUGCACUGACUUCACUGGAGCACGAUCGCUCACGUUAAUGAAGCUUCCCUUAGAUUCCUGAGCAAACUUUGAGAAAACCUCUUUGUUCAACAUCUCAUUACCUUGAGUGAGCUGCAGCUGCUUUCUAUACAUGAGUAUUUCUUAGUUCCUUUCACGUAGCAAUAAGGUCGCUGACUUCUAUGGAGCACAUCUUGUUUUCUCCUCUGUUGGUCAGACAGGGUCUUCCUGAGUUCCUCGUUUUCACUUGGCAGCCGCCGGUUUAUUUUGGUCACAAACAGGAAACGAGUACAGCUUUGGUAUGAGAGGGCAGUGAGGGAGUUCAGCGUGAAAGGAUGCGAGCCAGUGCGAUGCAUCAUCACUCCAGUGUUACAGGAGAACAAACGUGUACAAAUAAUGUGUAAUUGUAUUGACAGGUUGUGUUUUCAUAUACUGUUUUUUUGUGUUCUUUCUAUUAACUGGUGACCAUUUAUUUGUAACGCUAAAAACAUGUUAAUAUACACCGUGUAAGGAAUAUGAUUCAGCAGUGCGUUUCAGUGGAUGUAGAUGUGUGUUCAAGUGUGGUGCAGUUUCAUGUUUUUGGCUGCUCAGCUGUCGCACAUGGAGCUGAGCUAGCAGUAAUUAACAGCGUCAACAGCUGCAUUGCUGUUGCUAAGAAUUAUGGUGGAGGGAGAUGAACAAUUCAAGACUUCCUGAAUUAAAGGGCUUGAACCAGGGAGCGCUUUUUGUGUGGUGUGUGUGUGUGUGUGUGUGUGUGUGUGUGCACAGGGAGCUGAGCUGGGGGUGUGUUUUUCUCAACAUAGCACAGUUUAACUCUGCGAUAGCAAACUGUUUCUGGGGCUGUUGUGUGUUUUCCAGAUGUGUACGAGCACAGUGCGUUUUUCCCAUUAGGUUUUCUGCACAGUUGGAUGUGGUGCAGGUACAUGAUAAGCUGGCAGGUUACUUGAGCUUACUUAUUUGGUACUGUUGCACUUUAGAAAAUGUAUUGGUGUCCACUUGAGGGACUCAGAACUGAUUAUUAUUCCUGUAAAGACAAAAAAAGAAAGAAACGGUACGUGUUUGGAAAACCUCAACAUACAUUGUGUUUCUUCCCAGAAUAACAGUUCCCCAUUCCUGAUCUCCUAAUGAUCCCAUGUCUUUUGAAGAACCAUUUUGGUAAAUACUGUUAUUCGCCCUUAGCGCCUAUUUUAAUUGUUCUACAACCCUUUAAAAAUGCAACAGAAAAACUGAAUGUCAUUCUCUUCCUGAUUGUAAUCUGAUGAUAAAUUCCCAGGCGGAAAUACUGUUCAUAUUCACCUCAGUUAUUUAGGAUCCUCUCCUCACACCCACUGAGUUGUGAAAUAGAUGUUUGCACCCUUCCUGCCCUCAGUUAAAAAUUGAGGGCGACUGACGUGAGGGAAACCGUUUAUUUGACCCAGGUCUGUAUGUUGCCCUGCUUUUGGACUUUGGAUGUACAUAUUCAUGAACACAGCCUCACAGGCUUCGUUUUUACAUGAGGAAUACUGAGAAGCUGAGCUGCGAGCAGAAAGCAUUUUGUUGUGCAUGUAAACUAGUACCUGGCUAUUCUGUAAACAUGAAAGAUUGAGGUAUUUUAUCACCAGUUUUCGUUCCAGUCAAGCAUGCGCUUUUAUUUCAUUUUAAUUUUUUUACCAUCUAUCUGACGUUUCAAGGUCAGAAUUUUCCUUUGGCCUGCUUAUCUUUAUAGCUUAGCAUUUAUGAAAAUUGAAAUUUAGUGCUUACCUUGACAACAAAUUCUAGGAUUUAAACACUGCUGACAGAAACACUUGGAUGAUCAAAACAAGAAUUGGACUUCAGUAUCUAAAUCAAGUUUUAAAACAGUUGUAAAACAACAAAAUGACUUUCUAAGAAGUGCUAAAACCUACAUGGCUGUUGUAAGAACGGCUACAUCAUGAUGUCCAUUUAUGAAGUGUCCUCUGAGUAGAAGUAGGCUGAUCUGUUGCUAAUGUAUUGUGUGGUUGUACAAUCAUGUUAUCAGUUCUAUUUAUUACAGUGUAACCAGCAGGGUUGUGUGUGGUAACGUCAUACCUACUGUAUUGGUAAUGUACUAAUUUUUGCUGUUUAUAUGAAGGUAUCUUGAAAGUUUUUUAUAAAGAUGAAAGUGUUUUGAGCUCAGCUAAGAAACAGUGAGAAACAAGUAUUGGAUCAAACUCUCUGCUCUAGAUUCUUUUAAAUGCAAAAACCAUCAUUUUGACACGAUGACAGGAUGCACCAAGUAAGAGGAUCGCCAGGGUGUUCGCUUCUGUGACUUUGAUCUUCUGAAAGUCUUUUAUGCCACCAAGCAUCACGUCGGCCCUCUCUGUCGGCUGUUUCAUCUGGUGUUUUUCAGCUGAGCAGCUUUUCAUUAGCCACAAUGAAACAGGAGUGCUUGUACGUACAAGAUGUCUUUGUGAUUCCCAAAAUAUUCAGAGAUGACCCUAAAUUUUAUCAUCAACAACGUGCACUGGACCAGUGGUUAAAUGAAGACAGCACAUUCUGCCGUUGUGUUAGCCCUCUCCAAAUGUUUUUUGCCCCCUUCCUCCUCAUGCUUUUGUAAAAACAGCUACUUUGCAAACCAAUAAACUUCUCAUCUUGGAA